AUGCUGUUCCUAGUAGCUCAAACUUUCCUGGUCAUCGUGCUCGUUCGAGCUCGAUUGACUGGAGCCGCAAACGCUACUCUCGCCGAACUCUGCAAGGCCGACAAUCUGCGCAAUGCUCUUCCAACAAACGGCACGCUGCUCGGCAUCAACUUUCUUCCCGAAAGCCUCACUGCGCAACUCACCAACACGUCCGUCGGCUCUGGCACAGCGGCGGGACCCAGCGUGUCUGUCGCUUCCAACAUCUACAGCUUCUGCAACCUUACGGUCAACUACGUCCAUGCCGGCGCUGAAGAUCGCACCAUCCGGCUUCGAUUCGCUCUCCCAGCACCUUCAGAGUACAAAAGCCGCUUCUAUGUGGGCGGGGGAGGUGGCUACAGCCUUUCGAGCGAUGCAACGGGAGGUCUCGCCUACGGGGCUGCGUCGGGGGCCACAGAUGCUGGUUACGACGCAUUCGACAAAUCACUCGAUCAGGCAGUACUACUGGCCAACGGAACGCUGGACUGGGACUCAGUGCGCAUGUUCUCGUAUCAGGCUCUUGGCGAGAUGACUCUGAUUGCCAAGCAGAUACUUCCUUCUCUGUACGGCAGCGACACGGACUCAAGCAAAGUCUGGACCUACUUCUCCGGAUGCUCGGACGGCGGUCGGCAGGCCAUGAGCCAGGUACAGCGCUGGGGUGAUCUGUACGACGGCGUCGUCGCUGGUGCCCCCGCUUUCCGACAAGGCCAGCAGCAGAUACUUCACCUGAAUCCCGCGGCGAUCGAGCAACAACGCGGCUAUUUUCCCCCGCCUUGCGCGCUUCAGAAGAUUGUCAAUGCGACUAUUGAAGCCUGCGAUCCGCUCGAUGGCCGCACGGACGGCGUCAUCUCGAGAACCGACCUCUGCAUGAGCAGGUUCAACCUGAAUUCGACCGUAGGCAAGGCCUACUACUGUGCUGCCGAGACUUCCACAUCUUUGGGCUUCGGAUUUGGCCGCCGACAGCUGGCCGCGGGCAGUCAGACAAACAGCCUUCCGGAGCAGAACGGCACAGUGACAGUGGACGACGUCAUGAUCGCCCGCGCCGUAUACGAAGGUGUCUUCACCUCAAGUGGCAAGAGGGCCUAUCUUUCCUGGCAGAUUGGGUCCGAUCUCGGAGACGCGGAGCCCACAUAUGACAACGCGACCUCGUCCUGGGUGCUGAACAUCCCGAGCACCGGUGGCGUCUUCGUGCGCAAGUUCCUCGAGCGUCUCGAACUGGACAAUCUCGAUGACGAGGCAUUUGCGAGUAUCACCAACGAUCAGCUCGUUGCAUGGAUGGACAAGGGCACCCGCGAAUACUAUGACACGCUCCAGACGACUUGGCCGGAUCUCUCCACCUUUGCAAAUCACGGCGGAAAGUUGAUCCACUACCACGGUGAGUCCGACAACAGCGUUCCUGCUGCCUCGUCGGUCCAUUACCGUCAGUCUGUUGCAAGCUCGAUGCAUGCAGACCUGGCAUCUGCUCAGCAAGAGGAGCGCCUAGAUGAAUGGUAUCGACUCUUCCUCGUUCCUGGUGGAGCCCAUUGCAGCGCCAACUCGUUGCAGCCCAAUGGACCAUUCCCACAGGCAGCAAGCCUGAUGCAGCAGAUCAUCGACUGGGUCGAGCGCGACAUCGCACCGGCCGGACUCAACGCGACUGUCACCCAGGGAGGUUCGGAUGAGGGCAAGUCUGUCAGCCUCUGCCGAUGGCCGUACCGCCCAGUGUGGUCAAGCGAGAACGCCACUGACAUUAACGCGAUGGGAUGCGAGAUGCCGGACACCGAGGCCCGCGAGUCGUGGACCUAUGCCUUUGAAGCUUUUGGGUAUGCUGUCUAUUAA